CUUUAUAGGUUCAUGAUAGUUUUCAUUUUAUAUAACCAAUGUUACUUACACAAGUUGAUCAUAAAAUAUAUUUAUUGGUUGAACACUGUUGUUUUCUUGUUUAACCCUCUGCCUUGUUGCAUUCUUGCUCUAACCAUCACCACCCACCACUCUCGCAAGUUUUUUUCCGGUAAAAUGGGACUAUUCAAGGCUGCUGGCGUUGUUUACAAGCCGGUCGAGGAGAUUGAUCUUGGUCCUGACAGCAAUGAGUUUUAUCUCAAAGCCAAUGUUAAAGCUCCUCGCAUGGCUGGAUUUCUUGUCAAAAUAUUUGCUUGGUUCCUGGAGUCAAGGAUCAUUGGAACGUUAUUGUUGUAUAUAUUGAAGAGGAACAACCUAAUUCACAAGCUUGUUUCGAAUGCAACGCUGGAGGAGGCACCUAUGUUUGUUCCUUUGCAUCCAUUUGUUGGUAUACCUUAAUGAACAAGAAGUUGAACAAAUUGGCUCUGAUGCAUCGCCAGCAGAACGAGUUCAACGGGCAAUGAAUUGUCUUCCUUUGACUUUAGAGAAGUCAGUAGAUGAUUCAAAUUCCAGCAGCUUCCGACGCUGGACAAUAGCGGAUUAUUCAAGGGCCUAUAGUUCUGGAGAAAUAACUCCCCGGAAGGUUGCGGAGCAAUUUAUAAAUGCCGUGCAUGAAUCUUCCCGUGCUGCUUUGCCAAUGUCCUUCUUCAUUAACUAUGAUGCUGAAGAUAUCCUAAAACAAGCUACAGAAUCAACUCUUCGGUACGAAAGAGGGGAUCCGAUAUCAGCUCUAGACGGAGUCCCAAUAGCUAUCAAGGAUGAAAUAGAUUGUUCUCCAUAUCCAACAACAGGAGGUACAAAGUGGCUGCACAAGGUUAGACCUUGCACGGGUGACGCAUGCUGUGUUAUGCGGCUCAGAUCCUGUGGUGCUAUUAUUGUUGGAAAGACUAACAUGCAUGAGCUUGGAGCAGGAACAAGUGGGAUAAAUCCUCACUAUGGGACUACCAGAAAUCCGUAUCAUCCCAACAAAAUCGCUGGUGGUUCUUCCAGUGGAUCUGCUGCAGUAGUAUCUGCAGGAUUAUGCCCUGCUGCUCUUGGUGUGGAUGGAGGAGGAUCUGUGCGGAUGCCUGCAUCCCUUUGUGGUGUUAUAGGAUUCAAACCGACUUUUGGGCGCAUACCUCAUACAGGUGUUCUUCCUCUGAACUGGACGGUAGGAAUGGUUGGAAUACUAGCAGGCACCUUAGAGGAUGCAUUGAUUGUCUAUGCUGCCAUUAGUGGCCAACUUCCAUCACAUGAGCCAACAAUUUUACCUCCCAAGUUACUUUUUCCCCUGCUGAACUCAACAAAUCCAAUGUCAGAAAUCAAGUUUGCAAGAUAUGGAGAGUGGUUCAACGAUUGCAGUGACGAAAUCAGAAUAUGCUGUUCCAAUGCUUUGCACUUGCUUUGUGAGCAUUACAAAUGGAAGACUGUAGAGGUUACUAUACCAGAGAUAGAGUCGAUGCGGCUGGCGCAUUAUCUGACCAUUGGCUCCGAAUGCACAACUUCACUGAGUUCUGCUCUUGAAAAGCUGGAUUUUGCAGAACUAGGAUGGGAUGCAAGAGUAGCACUUAGGGUAUACGGUGCUUUCAACAGCAAAGAGUACAUAAAAGCUCAGAAAAUGAGGAACCGCCAGAUGCAGAUUCAUAAGAACAUAUUUGCCAAGGCAGAUGUCAUAGUUGCUCCAACAACAGGUGUGACUGCAUACUCAAUAUUUGAUGAUGCUCUAAAAACCGGUGAGCUCGAUUACAUAAAUGGAGCUGCCCUUGUUCGAUAUCAGAUAUCAGGAAACUUUUUAGGACUACCUGCUGUGACCGUUCCUGUUGGCUAUGAUAAAGAAGGUUUGCCAAUUGGUCUUCAAUUUAUAGGGAAGCCAUGGUCAGAACCCACAUUAAUGCACAUAGCAUUUGCAAUGCAGGCCUUGUGCAUCUCACACUAUAGGAAGCCUAAAGUUUUCUAUAAUCUACUUCAUAAGAAUUGAGUGGGGCAGGCCAGAAGCCACCAGGAGGAGGCCGGAAGGGUAAUCAGUCACCAUGAUUGCAUAGCUUCCUUUUCUUCUUCUCUUAUCAUGGUAUAUGGCAAUAUGUAGUAUUGCUUAAUUAUUUCGUGAGUUGCUACUGUUGAGAUGGACGUGUCAAAAAUCAUUAGAAGCUGAAAGUGUGUACCAUGUCAUUCAUACAUAUAGAUUCUUAUAUAUGUAGAUGAGAUAUGUAUUAAAUUGCUUGUUUUAUGGCUAUAAUUGGAGUUAUUCUUCUGUUAAAA